CUCUUUCAGGACUCCUAAUGGAGUAGACCCUAUGCUCUGCAAAACUUUCUCCUGGGCUCCAAAUAGUCUCUGCCUUUGAUUCCCAGCCCCAUCCUCAAGGUCCACUCUGAGUUUCCCUCGCUCAGGCUGCCAGGAACACUGUAGCCAUGGCCUUGGGGCUUUUCCGAGUUUGUCUGGUGGUGGUGACGGCCAUCAUUAACCACCCACUGCUAUUCCCACGAGAGAACGCCACGGUUCCGGAGAAUGAGGAAGAGAUCAUCCGCAAGAUGCAAGAGCACCAGGAGAAGCUGCAGCUGGAGCAGCUACGCCUGGAAGAGGAGGUGUCACAGCUAGUGGCCGAGAAGGAGGCCCUGCAGGAGGCAGACGAAGAGGACCAGCAGCAGUCAGAGGCUCACACUGCCUGGGACCUCUGGAGCACUCUCUGCAUGGUCCUCUUCCUGGUCAUCGAGAUAUGGCGGCAGGACCACCAGGAUGGGCCCUUCCCAGAGUACCUGGGUGGAGAUGAAGAUGAGCUGUCUGGACUGGGGGGUACCCCACUGCGGGGCCUUCCCCUGCCCCAAAAAGCCACCCUGGACCACUUCUAUGAGCACUGUAUCCGAAGUGCCACAGGUGAUGCCACCCGUACCCGGGAGUUUGUGGAAGGCUUCGUGGAUGACCUGCUGGAAGCUCUGAGGAGUGUCUGCAACCGAGACACCGACAUGGAGUUGGAGGACUUCAUUGGCGUGGACAGCAUGUAUGAAAAUUGGCACGUGGAGAGGCCACUACUGUGUCACCUAUUUGUACCCUUCAUACCCCCAGAGCCCUACAGCUUCCAUCCAGAGCUCUGGUGCUCCAACCUUUCCACGCCCCUGAAUUGUCAGGGCUAUGGCCAGAUCAAGGUGACCCUGGCUGGUGGGGACCCUUUAGGCUGUAUCUGUGGCAAGACUAAGCUUGGGGAAGAUAUGCUGUGUCUCCUCCAUGGCAAGAAUAGUGGGGUACAGCCUAGCACUGGUGGAAGGGAUGAGAUGGAGGACCUGCUGUGCUCCAGAGAGUCCUCAUAUCUGGAUGCUAUGCAGGUCAUGAAGUGGUUCCAGGUGGCCCUCACCAAAGCCUGGCACCGCAUCGCCCACAAAUACGAGUUUGACCUUGCCUUUGGCCAGCUAGACACCCCAGGGUCUCUCAGAAUCAAGUUCCGCUCAGGAAAGUUCAUGCCCUUCAUCUUGACACCUGUGAUCCACUAUAAUGACUCAGAACUAUACUUUGUCCCACAACUUUCCAAGGAGCCCUGCAGGGGCACUCCAGCCUCCGGCACUGACUGGCUCCUGUCCUUUGCUGUCUAUGAGCGACAGUUCCUCCGGACGACUGCAAAGGCUUUGCCGGAGGGUGCCUGCCACCUCAGCUGCUUGCAGAUUGCCUCCUUCUUGCUCUCCAAGCAGAGCCGCCUGACAGGUCCCAGUGGGCUGAGCAACUACCACCUGAAGACUGCCCUGCUGCACCUCCUGCUAUCCCGGCCGGCUGCUGACUGGAAGGCCAGCCAGCUGGAUGUGCGUCUGCAGGACCUCUUCUGCUUCCUGGAGAGGAGCCUACUGGAGAAAAAGCUCCAUCACUUCUUUGUGGGCAACCGCAAGGUGCCUGAGGCGAUGGGACUCCCAGAGGUCGUGCGGAGAGCGGAGCCUAUAAACCUCUUCCGGCCCUUCGUCCUGCAGAGGACUCUUUACCACAGCACAGUGGACUCAUUCUAUGAAAUGCUUAAGAAUGCCCCGACACUCGUCAGCGAAUAUUCCCUCCAUGUCUCUUCAGACCGUGCAAGCCCACCACCAAAAGCUAUCACCUUGUAGAGCAUGAGAUUCAAGGGCCGGGGGAGAGCAUCCCGUGUGCCUACCUGACUGGUGUUCUGCAACCCCAUGCAGGAAACACAAUGGGCCUGGAGGGGAGCUGAGGUUCAGCUUGCUGGGAAGCCAGGUCCUGCAGAGUGAAGGAAAUAGAAUUGCAGCUGGACACUGGUCUGCCUUUUUGCCACAGGGGCUUUGUUGGUGAAACAGUUGUUUGGGUUCGGGCACCGAUCACUAUGAAUGACCAAGACAGUGACGGGACAGUCCUGGGUACUGAGUUAGAGAGAAAGCAAGCACUGAUGUGAAUGAAAUCCUUUUUGUACCACAGUCUAUCCCAUGCCUCGUAGCGACAGAGGAUCCACUAGGAUGUCACCUGGGAUCGAUUAAAACUCAACUCUCUAUUCCAGCAACUCCUGGCCCCCGCUGUCUGCAGCUGAAUCAUGAAUGGGGAGAGAUGUGGGAAUUCACAGCCUUGGAACCACAUUGCUCACAACAAUAGAGGUCCCACAGGGUCACCAUUUUUAAAUACUACUUGACCAAAAGAACCUGGCAGAGGCCCAGGAGCCCAAUGGCUAAUGUCUCCAUUACACAGAAACGGGUACUUGGUGGUGGAGAGUCUCAAACUGGCUAGUUUUUCAGCCACACAUCCUACUCAGGUGCACACCCUCUCCUUGUCCCUUUACCCUUGUCCCAGGUCCUGACCACCAUGGUUAACAUUUACCACACUGGGUGCUGGCUCAGAAGCCCCUCCCAUCUCCAUAGCUGGUCUUACCAACACUUGUGUCUGGCUUGCAGUUUGGCCCACUUUGGAGAAAGUUACAGGACCAUGGAGCAAUGGUUAUGAUAGCCCUAAGCUAUCCUCAGGCUCCUGAUCAUGGGGAAGGCAGGUUUAUAAGCCAGAGGUGCUAUGGAAACCCAUCUCCCAUCCACAGACCCAAAGCAACUCCCAGUUCCUAACCCCAAGAGGGCUUUGGCCGCUGUACACAUAGCCAGUCUUUUCUGCACAGGCCUUGCUGACCUCAUGGAUGACUCAGACUGAAAGAACACGGUGGAAGCUGAACUCACUGGGGAUUCUCCAACACACCCUGGGAACUCAAAGCAGUGCUGUGGGCCCCAGACAAGCUUCAGAGCCUGAGGCUGGAGCUGGACUCCUGUCCAGGCCUGUGUCAGAGGAUCCAGCAGCCUCUUCUCCACUUGACCUUGACUAUGUAAGAUUUUGUCUCCACAUCUUCUUAGUAACAUUGACAGUGGACCAAAGAAGAAACACAAUGAAGAACGAGGUGGCUCCACUAGCCCUCCAGAAGCUAAGACAACAAGCCUUGCAGGCAUCAAAACCAGGCUUCCCAUAGCCCCAUGCAAACUGGGCUUCCCAUAGCCCCAGGCAUACGUCACAUGGCCUCAGAGAGCUCCAGAAGAUGGACCACCAAGCUACUGCCCACAGGGUAACCAAAGACCAUAAGAUGCCUUAGUGUAAGCAGAAGUUAGACUGAGCCUGUGUGGCCCUUCACAACGUCAAAGUCCAAUCUAGGAUCCUAUAAAAGCCUACUCAAAGUGUGGCUCUGUCAGCGCCCCGAGCCACCUUGUCCAAUAGGUACCUUCCAGCGUCAGGGCAGACGUCGUUAUUUAUUGUCAUCUGUGCCUUGCCCCUGUCCAUUCGUAUCCCGUUGUGUUAAAGGAGCCCAGCAACCGAGAACCAGCCUCCAGAAGCCAAAACCAAGUCUGACCCUCUUCCAGCUUCCUUUUCACUUCCGGGAGAAAGGUCACAGGAUGAACACGUCUGCUUCUUGUUUGCUGGGGCUCUUGGCAGGAACAGGAGCCUGCAGUGUACCAGGCCUGCUUCUGAAGCGGCAGGCUCUUGGGGUUUCUUGCUGCCUUAUUUAUAUUAAAGGAAGAAUUAAAUUCUCGUA